AUGUCGCUUGGCAAAAGAGACAUGAGUCAGGAGCGCCUGUACCAAGAUCGCAAGGACGUGCCGCCCGUCCACUUCACCACGCCGCCGCCGCCGCCAUCCCACCACCGCCACCAGCAGCAGCAGCACGGAGGACACGGUGAGCAGCAGCAGCAGCUGGAGUGCUUCUCCGAUGAGGUGGAUAGCCGCGGGAGCGCCGAGCAGAAGGAGCCCGCCAGUGGUGGUGGUGGGGCACUGGUGGUGUCGGGUGGCGGCGGCGAUGGGGCGAGCAUCGAGUUGUCCAAGAAGCGGAGGGGCCGGCCCCCGGGGUCCAAGAACAAGCCGAAGCCGCCCGUGGUGAUCACGCGGGAGGCGGAGCCGGCCGCCGCGAUGCGGCCCCACGUGAUCGAGAUCCCCUGCGGCUGCGACGUGUCCGACGCGCUCGCGCGCUUCGCGGCGCGGCGGAACCUCGGGAUCUGCGUGCUCGCGGGCACGGGCGCCGUCGCCAACGUGUCGCUCCGCCACCCGAUGCCCGGCGGCGUCGGUGGCGGCGGUGGCGCUGGCGCCCCGACGACCGCCAUCGUGUUCCACGGGCAGUACGAGAUCCUGUCCAUCUCCGCCACGUUCCUUCCCCCCGCCAUGUCCGCCGUGGCGCCACAGGCCGCCGCCGCCGCCGCGUGCCUCUCCAUCUCGCUGGCGGGGCUGCACGGGCAGAUCGUCGGCGGCGCCGUGGUGGGCCCGCUGUACGCCGCGUCCACCGUCGUCCUCGUCGCGGCCGCCUUCACCAACCCCACCUUCCACCGCCUCCCAGCGGACGACGACGCGUCCGUGUCCGUCUCCGUCUCCGUCCCGCUCUCCGCCGGCAGCGGCGACCCCCCAGCGGACGAGCACCACCGAGGCGGCGGCCACCAGCACCCCGGGGAGCAGCCGCCGCCGCAAGAGCAUCGUCCUCUCGCCGUACGACGCCAGGCCCCGCCGCACCUUGCCUCGGCAUCAUCAGCGCAGCCUGUGGAGCCGUGCGGCGGCCCACCGGCCGUGCCCAUCUACGCCGCUUGCCACCCGCAGCCGCAAGACGUGAUUUGGCCGCCGCCGCCGCCGCCUCCGUACUGA